ACACACAUCACGAUCUGUACUUUGCAUAUAAGUGUAAAGCAAAAAUAAUAUAAUCUGUGAAAUCUUACGUAUGGAAAUAUUUGUUGUUGUUAUAAUGUGUUUAUGAUCUGAUGACGACAAUGAUGAUGAUGAUGAUGAUGAUGAGCGCAAAUCACUUUUUGCCGAUGCCGAUGUGUGAGGAAAGCGAGACGAAAUGGAAUUUUUGUUAUAUUUUAAAUAAAUACAUCUUAUCAAUCAAUCUUAAACGGUACAAUAUAUGAAUGACACAACGUGCAUAUGUGCAUACGUGUAUAUCACUCUAAAUGAAUUUGAAAAGCGUAUCAGAAUUCUUAUUGUCCAUCGAUUAUUAUUAGUUCAGUCGACACGAAAUAUUCAGCGCGUGAAGAAUAAGUUGCAAUCGUUUAAAUUAAAAAAUUUCGUGAUAAUUUAAUACACCACAUUCAUUCGUACAAAUGUUUAUCAAAACCUUAGUAAUUAUCCUAAUGUUAAUCGUAAGAUUCUUCAUCGCAAUACAGUCAUCGCCAAUUCUUGGUGAAGAAACUGAAAUUGAUGAUCGAUCGAUAAUACAAGGGAGAUUAAAACCCAUCUACAGCCAUUGCGAUGACAUCGAUCCGCGUAUCAACCAAACCAUGCUGGAUCGAUCUGGGCAAAUGGUAGUCAGAAGUUGUCGUGUCUGUGGAGUAGGCUGGAUGUGGCAGAACGACCCCUUCGAGUUCCUGGACAACUCGUGCAAAGUGCAACGUGUGGCCCAAAAGUUGCAUUUUCAGUAAAUUCGUGUUACAAC